AUGACAUGAACAUGGCGGCAUCCACUAGUGAAUCGGUGGAUGACCGAUAUCCCUGCAAAAUAUGCAUUAUUGGUGGAGGAAUGGCUGGUUUAUCAGCGGCUAAUCAUUUACUCAAAAAUAACGAGAAUGAUUUCGUUAUCCUCGAGGCGAGGGGUCGUAUUGGCGGACGAAUAGUAGCUACUGAAAUUGGUGGUGAAAAAGUCGAACUUGGAGCCAACUGGAUUCACGGAGUCCUGGGGAAUCCCAUUUUCGAGUUGGCAAUGGCAAACGGUCUAAUAGACAUAGUGCGAUGUCCAAAGCCCCACAAAGUAGUGGCAGCCACCGAGGACGGUAAGCAGCUGCCAUUUCCAGUCCUCCAGGAAAUAUACGAGGCCUACGUUUGCUUCCUUCGACGAUGUGAGGAGUACUUUCUCAGUGCCUACAAUCCCCCCAACGGGAUCACAAGUGUCGGUGCUCACGUAGCCCUGGAAACCGAUCUCUAUCUCUCGUCUCUACCCGAGGACAAGCGACCUAUUCGCCAACUAUUAUUCGAUUGUCUCCUGAAAAGGGAAACAUGUAUAACUGGCUGUGAUAGCAUGGAGGAUGUGGAUUUACUGGAGAUGGGAUCGUACGCUGAGCUCCAGGGUGGCAAUAUAAGUCUCCCAGGCGGCUAUAGUGCCAUCCUCGAGCCCAUCGCCAAGCACAUUCCGAAGGAAAAAAUCCUCCUUCGCCACGUGGUGGAAAAGAUUAGGUGGCAAGAGACUCGCAACGAGAACGAGAAGAAUUGUACUUACAACAACAACAACUGCAUAGAGAUAAUAUGUGAGAAUGGAAAGAAAGUUGUUGCUGAGCAGGUCCUCUGUACCCUCCCCCUCGGGGUUCUUAAGCACAGGAUCAAGGAUUUAUUUGAGCCACAGCUGCCGAAUUACAAGGCAGAUGCCACCGACAGACUGAUGUUUGGGACUGUAGAUAAAAUAUUUCUAGAAUAUCAGAGGCCAUUUCUCAAUCCUGACAUAUCAGAGGUCAUGUUACUUUGGGACGAUCGAGGGCUGCCUGAGGAGGAGCGCCAGGACAUCAGUAAAACCUGGCACAGGAAAAUAUACUCCUUCACCAAAUUAUCGGAUACUCUCUUGUUGGGAUGGAUCAGCGGAAAGGAGGCGGAGUACAUGGAGACGUUGAGCUCCACUGAAGUUGCUGAUGUUUGCACAACCAUUCUGAGGAAGUUCCUGAAUGAUCCCUUUGUCCCGGCACCCAAGGGCUGUAUCUGCACUUCCUGGCAUUCACAGGAGUACACGAGGGGAUCUUAUACUGCCAUGGCUGUAGGUGCCAGUCAGCUGGACAUUGAGGCACUGGCUGAACCGAUUUACUCGCCCCAGGAGAGAAAGAAAAUCCUCAUUGCUUUUGCUGGGGAACACACUCAUUCUUCGUUCUACAGCACUGUUCAUGGGGCAUACUUAACUGGUCGUACUGCUGCACAGAGUCUACUAGAUUCUAGGAUAAGCGAAAAACAGGCGUUAAGUAUUAACUGCGAGGAGACGAGUGACUUGAGCUCCUGGAUCCAGGGGAUCUCACUCAAUUGAAAGGGUUUUUAAAGCUUAUUCCUGCGCAAUACGUCGAUUUAUUUUGUAUAUAAGAAGAUAGCUUUGAAAUAUGUACAUAAAAAAUCUGCCUAUUUGUAUCUUAACGUAAUUUGUUAUCGGAUUAAUUCAGUAGCGAAGCAGUCAAUAGUGCUAAGUCAAUUUUACUUUUCAUUGGCUCUGGAAAAUUUCACGGUUACUAGGAUAACAAAAUUUUUGAAAAAACAUCUACAGAACAGAUUUUAGUAAAAAUCUUGUUCACCUUUCAAUUUUGAGAUGACUCUAAAAGGGAAUGAAAGAGUUGAAUUGACUCAGACUAAUGGACCUCUUUGCUACAGAAUUGAUGUGCAAUUUUUUGGAUGAAGUGGAUUUAUUCGGUUUAAUCUAGUCGCGCAACUACGUCACCACCAGAUGUUGAAACUAUGCAUUUUAUUUAUUUCCUUUUGUAGAUUUAAUAGAUACCUUGUGAUUGUUUUUUACAGAUAAAGGUCUGCUCAGGCCAUUUCAUCGAGUCAAUAGAAUAAAUUGUAACAAUGAGACGAUUAAACAUUAAUGCACAAAAUCAAAGUGAUUUUUCGUUGCAAUUUCAGUAACUCCAUGUAUUAUUUAGAAUAAUACGAAUAAUAUAUUACCCAAAAUUGUAAUUCUGCGGUUUUAUUACGCAUACAAUAGCCUUGUACAGAUGAUGUAUAAUUUCUUUAUACUCAUGUUAUGUGAUAGAACAUUUAUUACGCAUAUGUGAAUAAAAUACAAUAGUACCUCUAAA